AUGUUCGAGUAUUACGAUGCUCCUAUAGGAGGACAUCGUGGCCGUGAGAAAACAUAUCUCACGGUGAGUCGAGACUUUUACUGGCCCCGCCAGUAUCAGUUUGUGCGAAAGUACAUUCGCGCAUGCGAAGUCUGUCAACGAGUGAAGUCAAGUCCUUCACUACGUGCACCUUUACAGCCUCUACCGGUUCCGGCUGAGUGCUGGGAAUCCAUCUCAAUGGAUUUCGUCUUCGGGUUACCCAAAGACGCACGCGGGAAUACGGGUAUUCUCGUAUUUGUUGACAGAUUCAGCAAAAUGGUACACCUUGUGGCUGUACCAGAGUCAAUCACAGCAAGUGGCUGUGCUUGUGUCUUCAUUGACACCAUCUUCCGACUUCAUGGGUUGCCCCGUGAACUCGUAUCAGACAGAGAUCCACGCUUCACUGCUGAUUUCUGGCGUUCCGUGUUCAAAUCACUCGGAACGCGCUUGAAGAUGUCGACAUCUGAUCAUCCAGAGUCAGAUGGUCCGACGGAACGUGCCAAUCGUGUCCUCGAAGAGAUACUUCGAGGAUACGUACACUCCUUUAAGAGUUGGAGUGAGUUCUUGCCAAUGGUAGAGUUUGCCAUUAACAACUCGGUGCAUGCGUCCACGACACAUACACCGUUUUGCGUGAAUGGCUUGCGCCAUCCGCGUGUACCCACAUUACUAGAGUGUGACUCUGGUUUAAGGGGGGGAGGGACUCGCGCGAGCAAAAACCGAUUUGGUUCACGCUCAUCACGCUCUGACGAAGAGGUCAUUGCGUUUGAUGCCGAUAUCGAUAACAUCGAUAUCGAAGAAUAUGAUGCCAGUGAGAGUGCGGAAGCCCUCACUGAAGAAGAUGAUGCCAGUGAGAGUGCGGAAGCCCUCACUGAAGAAAAGAUUGAUGUUGCUGCAGUGCGCUCACAGCGCACUGAAGCUAACGAGCCAGCAGAUGAGUUCAUACUGGCUCGUGAAACGGUAGUCCGUUUUGUGCAAGAUUCCAUCGCCGAAGCGGUGGAUAAGCAAAAGCAAAACGCUGACAAGAAUGGAAGGGCAAACACUCUUUUAUUCAAUAAGGGUGACUUAGUCCUACUGUCUACGGUUAAUCUACCAAAGCAUGUAGUGACUAACUUGGGUAGCAGUAAACUACUACCCAAGUACAUCGGCCCAUUUUCGUGUAUUGCACCGCCUAGGCAAUGCAUACACGAUCGAGUUGCCACGUAA